AUGCCCGUCCAAAUCCAUCUAGUCCGCCACGCCCAGGGCUUCCACAACCUCUCCCUCGAGAACGAGACCCUUCGCGAUCCCCUCCUGACGGACAAGGGCAAGCAGCAGUGCGCCGACCUCCGCGCCGCCUUCCCCCACCACGCCCAAAUCACCCACCUCGUCGCCAGCCCCCUUCGCCGGACGCUCUACACUUGCCUUUUGGGCUUCGGCUCCGACGCCGCCGCACCCGUGGGCAAGUCCCUGAAGGUCCUGGCCCUGCCCGAGGUCCAGGAGGUCUCCGACGCGCCCUGCGACACCGGGUCCGCGAUCGAGGACAUUGAGGGCGAGUUCGCCGGCCGCGUGGAUUUCGGGAGAGUGCCUGAGGACUGGAUCGACAAGUCGAGUCCCGGAUCCAGGUGGGAGCCGACGCUGGAGAAGCUGGAGAAGAGGUCCGCCGAGGCGAGACGGGCGCUGAGGAAGCUCGUGGGCGAUGUUCAGGGGGAUGCGCAGGUCGUGGUUGUCUCACACGGUGGUAUUUUGCACUUUUUGACAGAUGAUUGGUCCGGCAUUGGUCCUAGAAAAGCAACUGGCUGGGAGAACACCGAGUACAGAUCGUACGAAUUCGCCGACUCCACCGGUCAGGACCCCAAGGCCCUCCUCGAGGAGACGCAGGAGAGCUGGGAGCGUCGCAAGGGCGGGAAUACUCGCCCGACACCUGAGCAGCAGGCCGAGCUUCGCCAGACCUUCUACCGGGAAAUGGAACCGUACCUCAAGUACAGCCCGGAGAGAGGCUGGAUGCAGUAA